AUGUCUGAAAUAAAAUAUGAUCCGGUGGUUACAAAAUUAGACACUUUUAUUCAAUUACAAACGAAACUUAUGAGUGCACACGAUAAUAUUGUAAACACUUUUUUACCAUUGCAAAGUGAGAAAUUUGAAAAAAUAGUUAAUGAUUAUACAACUGAAAGGGAAAAAUUGAUGGCAAAACAUCAAGCUCUAGAGAGGAAUGCUGAAAAAUUGCAAAGAGAAAACGAUAAUUUGAAAAUGACUGUUGAAACGACUCACAUAAGCAAUUUGAAGAAAACAGGCCAACUAGAUGGGUUAAAAUUGAAAUACCAAAAUUGUAGACUAGAAUAUCAAAACUAUGAACAGGAAUUGAAUAAGUUAAGCGAAAUGCUAAUAGAAUCUAGAGAGAAAAUGGAAAAAACCAAUAAAUUGUUACAAGAACAUAGAUUAAAGGAUAAAUUGGAAGCUGAAAGACUUGAGAAUUUAUUGGGAUUGAAAAUAUUGUCAAAAGAUGGAAACCAGCUAUCAUUUCAAUUUUCCAAGUUAUAUGAAGAUAUGCCCGAUUAUAUUAAAACUGUGACAAUAGACGUAUCUAAUCAGACAAUUACUGGAAUGUCCGAGGGCUCAUCAAUGGACAAACUGGACUUGGAAGCUUAUUUGAAAUCCGAUUCUCUCUGUUCUCCAGGUGAUAGGUUACCGGAAUUUACAGGUUGUAGAAGAAUUUGUGAAUGGAAACUUGACUGCCCAGUUAAAUCUCAUUUUGAUGAUUCUUCCUACAGCCAGAAAUUCCCAUUAGAUUAUCAACAUUUCGAUAAAUCUCCACCCUAUAUAUACAAGUUACUAAAAUGGGAUUGCAACUUUGAAUGUGACUAUCAAUGCCAGCAGAUUAUUACUAAGGACCGUGUUGUGGAUAAUAAACCUAUUUAUCAAUUCCAUGGUAAAUGGCCUUUUACCAGAAGAAUUGGAAUACAAGAACUUUUUUCCACCCUUUUCAGUAUAGGCAAUUUCAUACCUCAUUACAGAGGGUUUAAACUAUUGACUAAAAAAAUAGUCACUUUGCCCCCUGGGUAUAGAUACAAGAAAAUUUUACAAGGAUAUAGAUAUUUAUCCAUUGCUGGGAUGUUAGCUUGGUUUUUCAGUAGUGUUUUCCAUACAAGAGAUUUAUUGUUAACAGAAAAAUUAGAUUAUUUUUUCGCUGGUGGUACAGUUUUGACUGGAUUCUAUUCGAUCUUAACAAGAAUUUUAUUGAGCUCCAAAACCCCUAUUGUUCAAAAUUUAUGGAAUAGAGUUGGUUUGAAACUGGUAGUUUCUAUUUUUAUUUGCCAUAUUGUUAAAUUAUACAUGAAUUGGUCGUAUACUUAUAAUAUGCGAUUUAAUAUCGCGUUUGGUAUAUUGCAAUAUAUCUUGUUAAUAUCGUUGUCAAUACAGAAUUAUUUUAAAAUUAAAUCAUCAAAAAAAAAAUUUGAUGAUAUUUAUGUUUUAAAAUCGUACAAAGAUGGUAUUUGGAAAUAUACUUUAAUUCCUAUUUUGCUUGUUAUUUUCACCUGUUUGGGCAUGUGUUUUGAAAUAUUUGAUAUUUUUAUUUAUUCUUGGCAAAUAGAUUCACACGCCUUAUGGCAUUUGUCUACUAUAAUUCCCAGUUGGUUUUUGUAUGAUUUUUUCCUUAAUGAUUUCCAUGCCUUUUUUUCGCCGUCAAUUACUACUAUCACCAAGAUUUAG